AUGGCGAUGAUGAUGCUGUCGAUUUUCACUGUUAUCUCGACCUUGAUCGUACUGCAAACUGCGAGAGCCGCUGAAGGAGCGCCACGAGUUUGCAAUGCAGCUGUCAAGCACCUUCAUCUGGCUGUUGGCCAGAAUCCAUCACGAGAGAUGACGAUCAGCUUCGCAUCCACAUGGACUGACAUAGAUAGUGGCAAUGAUGUUGAAAAACCAGUUGGUGGAGUCUUUGUGGGGCUUUCUCCAGACGAUUUGAAAUUUAUCCCACAACAAGAGUUUCCUUUCCGCUAUCAUGUAUUGAUGGAGCACAAAACAAAGCCCAAUACAACGUACUGGUCCCCCUUUCAACACCACAUCACGAUCAAUGACCUAUCCCCGAAUACAAUGUAUUAUUAUGUGGCCGUAGUAGGCAAAUCGGGUGAAGAAAUAGAAUCGAUGGCUGGAGUCAAACGCAAGUAUUCAAAAACUCGGCAGGAAGAGAAAGACUCACUCUUCGGUAGAGAAUGGAAAAGAGGUGUUAACGGAACAGUCAGACGUAAUUUGACCCCUUCGCCGUACAAUGGGACCGCGAUGCCUUGUUUUGACAAUAGAAAUGUCCGUUCAUUUAAGACUGCGCCCGAACAACAUAUAGAUGAAGUGACAUUUGCCAUUGUCGGGGACCUUGGCCAGUUUCAGCACUCAAUUCAGACACUCAAGCACAUGACAAGUAACCGAGAUACAAUCGAUGCAGUGAUACUUGUUGGUGAUAUUAGUUACGCCAAUGGGCAUCAUGAAAACUGGGAUACCUUUUUUGAUUUUCUUGAUGAUUCAUUGAUCUUCCAUCAGAUUCCACUUCAAGUUGCAACUGGUAAUCACGACAUUGAAAAACAAGAAAACGGCAGCGAUAUCUUUCAAGCAUACGAAGCAAGGUUUAGAAUGCCCCGAGUCAAGCCAGCAAGGCUUGAAGCAUUUGAUGUUCCUGGAAAGCUCAAUCUAGAUGCACCACCAUACCCAUUACCAUACAAUUGGGGCAAUGCUUUCUACUCAUUUACAUAUGGCCCCGCUCUGCACGUUAUAUUGAGCGCAUAUUCGUCUAUGGAGCCCGGUUCAGAACAAUACCAUUGGCUAGAAGAGAAGCUUGAUGAUGUCGAUAGACAAACAACACCAUGGCUGCUAGUCUCUCUCCAUACACCCCUAUACAGCUCUUUUGCAGCGCAUAAACACGAUCCUCAAAUAUUUGCGGGUCGAGAGCAUCUGGAGCCACUCUUCGUAAAAUAUCAGGUUAACAUUGUGUUUACUGGCCACAUUCAUGCUUAUCAGCGCACAGCAAAUGUUGCCAUGGGUCGAGUUGAUACGAAGGGACCCAUUCAUAUCACAGUUGGUGCUGGGGGGCGUCAGUGUGAUGCCCCCUUUAAGAGCUUGGAGGUGGAGGAUUGGCUUCUUGCAAGAGAUGCAUCGUUCUAUGGCUACGGUCUUUUGUCAGUGCUCAAUCGGACACACGCGGAGUGGUCUUGGGUCCCCCUUUCCGCUUCAGACAAACAUGACUACAACUAUGUCAAAGACGAUAAGGAUACAAAGCUGCCACCGUUGAGAAAAGACUACGCACUGAUUAGCAAUCAAUUCUUUAUUCCAUAG